UUUGUUGCAGGAAGCAGUCAUUGUACUGCACAAAGUGCUAUUCCAGCGCAAUAACCACAAAUACUUUGAGUAUUAUCAACAGUAUAAAGAUGAUGCGAAGACCCCGAGCGACUACUGUCAACGCUGUAAAGUACAACGAUGUGGACUCCGACCUAUCUUUUUCCCAAACGGCGGAUAGCGAUGAGGAUGCUGAGGAAUGGAGUCCACCAAAGCCAAAGUCAAAAGCCCCCAACAAAACUGCUAGAGGUACUGCAACUGGUGAAAAGAAAACAACUGCCAAGAAAACUGCAAAACCAAAAGAGGCAAAAGCACCCAAAGAACCUAAAGCUCCCAAAGUGCCUAAAGAACCUAAGCUAAGGGCACCACGUAAACCUGCAGCAAGACGAAAAACACAAGCUGCUAAAAGUCCAAAGGAUUCUGAAGCCUCAGUGUUGGCUGGAAUGGAGAGGAAAAAAGUGGAUAACGAUUAUAGAGAAAAAACAGGAGGAAUUCAAACUGAGUGUCCAGAGGAAACGAGGGCUGAAGAGAGCGGGACAAGUGUCAGAACGAAGGAAGAGAGGGUGUCAUUUAUUGUGUCAGAAUCCUAUCAGAGAGACAGAUGGGCAGAUGAGGGGUCUUCACAAGCUGGGCUUGGAGUGAAGAAAGAGGAAGUAAAUGCGGAGGAUUUUACUUUUGAUGAGCCCUGUCUAAAGAAACAAAAGACCAGUGCUGCCUGCAUGGGAAAGCCGACUAACUUACCAUCAUCUGAAGCGCAGUCUUUGAGGAAUGAACUCAAUAUGAACUGGGACUUGAUAGAGGUGCUGUCCCACUUGACAUGUGUGGAGCGAUGGGUAUGUGCAAACAUCAUUAUGCUGCUUCGUGAGGAGAACACUGUGCCGUUCAUGGUGCGCUACAGAAAAGACAUGAUUAACCACAUGGAUGCUGAUGCUGUUCGAGAUGUCCAGAUGGUUUAUGAGGAGUUAUGUUCUUUGGCAAAGAGGACUCAGUCUGUGGUUCAGACCCUGAAGAAAGAUGGGGUGUUAACAGCUGAACUGGAACAAAACCUGAGGAACUGCCGUUCAGCUGAUGAACUGGAUCAUGUGUACUCCCCCUAUAAGAAAGGCAGCAAGCUGACAAAAGCUCGCAGGGCCAAAGCACUUGGCCUUGAGGACGCUGCUUCUGCAUUGAUGAACACACCACACACUCUAGAUUUAAGGGCAUGGAUAAAACCUGGUACUGAAGGUCUGUCAUCAGUGGAAGAAGUGGCCACAGGUGUGGAGCACAUAUUGGCUGAUAUGAUGGCCAAAGAUCCUGAAACACUCACCUACGUGAAGACAUUAUGUGAGAAAAGUUUUGUAAGCAUACAGUCUUCUGUGUCUAAGUCGGCAUUAAAGGAAAAGGAACAGGCGAAACCUGUUCAAGGCCACAAAACAAAAGCAGGCGCCGAGCAAAAUAAAAACAAGGACAUUGACAAGUUCCAACUCUACUUUGACUUCACCUGUAACAUCCAACGUAUCCAACCCCAUCAGACGCUGGCUAUUAACCGAGGGGAGAAUCUCAAGAUUUUGACAGUGAAGGUGAACAUCCCCGACAGGGUGAAGAGUGACUUCACUAGGUGGUGCAUCAACAACAGGUGGAGGCCAAAGACAUUUGCAAAAGAAGAACUUCAUGCAAUCAUUAGGAAUGCAGUGGAGGAUUCAUAUAAAAGGCUUAUUCUUCCUUUCCUCACCAGGAGUUACAGGACUAAGCUGACAAGUGCAGCGGAGAAGGAGUCAAUCGCCAUGUUUGUGCGCAACCUCCGCCAGCGCCUGUUGGUGUGUCCAGUGAGAGGCUGUGUCAUCAUGGGGGUGGACCCUGGCUUCAGACAUGGCUGCAAGCUGGCAAUUCUCUCACCUACUAGUCAGAUUCUCCAUACUGAUGUUGUGUACCUGCAUAAUUCAAACCAACAAAGGGAAGCAGAGAAAUUACGCCACCUUAUGACCAAAUACAGCUGUAGUAGGGUUGUCAUUGGCAAUGGGACAGCAUGUCGGGAAACAGAGUCCUUCUUCGCUGACCUCAUCUCCCGGCGGUAUUUUCACCCGCUGGAUGUGUCCUAUUGUAUAACCAAUGAGGCAGGAGCAUCCAUCUACAGUGUGAGUCCCGAGGCAGUCCAAGAAAUGCCAGACCUGGACCCUAACCUUAGGAGUGCAGUGUCGAUUGGAAGACGUGUCCAAGAUCCGCUGGCUGAGCUUGUGAAGAUUGAUCCCAAACACAUAGGCAUUGGAACAUAUCAGCAUGACGUGUCAGCUGGAGCUUUGAAGACAGCAUUGGAUGGCGUGGUGCAGGAGUGUGUGAGCUUUGUUGGUGUGGACAUUAACAUCUGCUCUGAGAUACUGAUGAGGCAUGUAGCAGGCUUAAAUGUGGGAAGGGCACGGAGUAUCACAGAAUGGAGAGAGCAGCACGGUCCCUUCAUCAACAGGGAGCAGCUGAAGCUGGUCAAAGGCAUGGGGCCCAAGUCCUACCAGCAGUGUGCUGGCUUCAUUAGAAUAAACCCACAAACUCUAUCCAGUGUCAGAUCAUCAUCUAACCAGGCACCAGAAGUGCCCGAGAAACCUGCAGCUAAGAAAGGCAAGGGAAAAACUGGUGUCAGCGUCUCAACCUCAUUUAACCCCCUCGAUCAGACCUGUAUACACCCGGAGUCCUACCAUGUAGCACAAAGAUUUCUGUCUCUUGUGGGUGGGAGUGUGGACCAAAUUGGGAGUACAACCCUGAAACACUGUGUGGAGAACAAAGUUAAGACAAGCAGUGUAGAGGAGCUGGCCCGCACCCUGGACACCACACCCGAGACCCUCAAACUCAUUAUAGACGGCCUGACGCAGCCCCCCGGGUUUGACAUACGACAAAAUUUUGGACAAGCGGACUUUAAGCGGGGCGUUGUGUCCAUGAGUGAUCUGCGGGUGGGUGCGGUGCUGACGGGCCGUGUGGACAACACCGCUCUGUUCGGGGCUUUUGUAGAUAUUGGCGUUGGCCGUGCAGGCCUCAUCCACAAGAGCAACAUCACCCUGGACAAGCUGCCUGUCAGCCAGCGUCGUCGCAGCCUGGCUCUAGGACCCGGGGAGCGAGUGGAGGUCCGGGUCCUGAAUGUUGACCUUCAGAGGGGACGGAUUGGGCUGGACCUGAUCAGGGUCUUGCAAUAGAGUCACUUAAUACCUAUGAUUGUCACUAGAAGUGUGACAGAAAAUUACAGGUUUUAAGCUGCUAAGGCCUCAGAUACACAGACCUUGGUCAGUGACCCCCCUGGCAGUCUCUGAUUCUUAGCGUAAAAUGUCUGUUUUGUGACCCACUGAUAAGUAAUUCCUGAAGGCUGGUGGCAGUGGGAGCUGCAACGGAAACUGCUUGUUAUUUCUUUGGUUACUGGGAAAUUAUUGUGUACAACAAUAAAUUACAUGGAAGAUGUCAA